AGGAUGUUAGGGGCUGUGAAGAUGGAAGGGCACGAGAGCAGCGACUGGAACAGCUACUACACGGACACGCAGGAGGCCUACUCCUCCGUCCCGGUCAGCAACAUGAACUCGGGCCUGGGCUCCAUGAACUCCAUGAACACCUACAUGACCAUGAACACCAUGACAACGAGCGGCAACAUGACCCCGGCUUCCUUCAACAUGUCCUACGCCAACCCAGGCCUGGGCGCCGGCCUAAGUCCCGGUGCCGUAGCCGGCAUGCCGGGGGGCUCGGCGGGGGCCAUGAACAGCAUGACGGCGGCGGGCGUGACGGCCAUGGGGACGGCGCUGAGCCCGGGAGGCAUGGGUGCCAUGGGCGCGCAGCCGGCGGCCUCCAUGAACGGCCUGGGCCCCUACGCGGCCGCCAUGAACCCGUGCAUGAGCCCCAUGGCGUACGCGCCGUCCAACCUGGGCCGCAGCCGCGCGGGAGGCGGCGGCGGCGACGCCAAGACGUUCAAGCGCAGCUACCCGCACGCCAAGCCUCCCUACUCGUACAUCUCGCUCAUCACCAUGGCCAUCCAGCAGGCGCCCAGCAAGAUGCUCACGCUCAGCGAGAUCUACCAGUGGAUCAUGGACCUCUUCCCCUAUUACCGGCAGAAUCAGCAGCGCUGGCAGAACUCCAUCCGCCACUCGCUGUCCUUCAACGACUGCUUCGUCAAGGUGGCGCGCUCUCCGGACAAGCCGGGCAAGGGCUCCUACUGGACGCUGCACCCGGACUCCGGCAACAUGUUCGAAAACGGCUGCUACUUGCGCCGCCAGAAGCGCUUCAAGUGCGAGAAGCAGCCCGGGGCCGGCGGCGGGGGCGGGAGCGGGGGCGGCGGCGCCAAGGGUGGCCCCGACAGCCGCAAGGACCCCUCGGGCGCCGCUAACCCCAGCGCCGACUCGCCCCUUCACCGGGGUGUGCACGGUAAAGCCGGCCAGCUAGAGGGCGCGCCGGCCCCCGGGCCCGCCGCCAGCCCCCAGACUCUGGACCACAACGGGGCGACGGCGACAGGGGGCGCCUCGGAGUUGAAGACUCCAGCUUCCUCGUCUGCGCCCCCCAUAAGCUCUGGGCCCGGGGCGCUGGCAUCUGUGCCCCCCUCUCAUCCCGCGCAUGGCCUGGCACCUCACGAGUCCCAGCUGCACCUGAAAGGGGACCCGCACUACUCCUUCAACCACCCCUUCUCCAUCAACAACCUCAUGUCCUCCUCGGAGCAGCAGCACAAGCUGGACUUCAAGGCAUACGAGCAGGCACUGCAGUACUCGCCCUACGGCGCCACGUUGCCCGCCAGCCUGCCUCUCGGCAGCGCCUCCGUGGCUACCAGGAGCCCCAUCGAGCCCUCAGCCCUGGAGCCGGCCUACUACCAAGGUGUGUAUUCCAGACCCGUCCUAAACACUUCCUAGCUCCCCCAACUGGGGGUUUGUCUGGCCUGGUCAUGCUGAUAGGAGGAGAGAAAAAAUCAACAGCAAACAAAACCACACACACCAAACCGACAACAGCAUAAUAAAAUCCCUACAUCUAUUAUUUCAUUUUUCCUGCACAGUCUUUCCCCCAGUGCAAAGGACUGUUACUUUAUUAUUGUAUUCAAAACUCGCUAUGUAUAUUAUUACAAAGACAACCAAGCCCAAACCAACAAAAAUUUUUCCUGCAAAGAUUAAUGAUCUACAAGUGUAUAUAGAAAAUCCUCCUCCUUCCUUGCCCACCUCCGUCCCCCACCUUCCUUCCCGCUUUCCCCUCCAGAUACAUUCUACAUUCCAGUCUGGCAGGGUUUAUUUAAAAAAAGAAAAAGAAAAAAAAGAUGGUCAAGUUUGUAAAAUAUUUGUUUGUGCUUUUUUCCCGUCCUUUCCUGACCCCCCCCCCCCAUGAGUUUACAGGUCUGUGGCAAUACUCUUAACCAUAAGAAUUGAAGUGGUAGAGAAACAAGUAGACACUAGUGGCUCUUAAAAGUAUUGAAAGAUAAUACUGCUGUUACGCAGCAGGACAUAAACAGAUUAUAAACAUCAGAGCCAUUUUUCAGUUUACAUUUCUGAUACAGAUAGCUGAUGUCUUUAAAUGAAAUACAUAUAUACUGAGUACCGACUUAAUUAUGCACCUGCUCAGAUAUGUAGACAUCCUCCAUAUAUUUACAUAACAUAUAGCUAGAGGUAAUAGGUGAUAUACAUGCUACAUUUUCAAGAGUUUCCUGAUGGAGGAGUUUAAGGACCCCAGCCCCCUUUUCCUCUUUACCUACGUAUGGCCCUGAGAAUCAAUUCCUCAGGAAUCGCUCUCCUCAAGAACUCUGCUUCUUGCUUUGCAGAGUGCCAUGGUCAUGUCAUUCUGAGGUCACAUAACGUGUAAAAUUCGCUUCUAUGAGUGUGUCCCAUUUAAAGUUUUUUUUUCAGAAAAAAUGGGAAUAUUACAGUGUUGGAGGAGAGAUAAGUUAUAGGGAACCGUAUUUCAAAACUUGUUCUAAUAUUCCAAAAUCCUAUUGAUUGUGGCCAUCUUAAUUAUUGCCAUUGUGUGUUUGUUUUAUCCAGUGUUAAUGCACUUUCCACAGUUGGACAUGGUGUUAGUAUAGCCAGACGAGUUUGAUUAUUAUUUCUCUUUGCUUUUCUCAAUGUUAAUUUAUUGCAUGGUUUAUUCUUUUUCUUUACAGCUGAAAUUGCUUUAAAUGAUGGUUAAGAUUACAAAUUAAAAUGUUAAUUUUUAUCAAUGUGAUUGUAAUUAAAAAUAUUUUGAUUUAAAUAACAAAAGUAAUACCAGAUUUUAAGCCGUGGAAUAUGUUCUUGAUCAUUUGCAAUUAAGGACUUUAAAUAAAUCAAAUGUUAACAAAAAA